ACUUUUCAGUUCAAUCAUUCCCGAACCCAUAAUCAUAGCUGUACAGCAGAGUCCUCUGUUUCACUUUGGUUGCAUAAUGAGAAUCGGAAGUUUAAGACCAAUUCUUCAACUGCAGAUAAGCAAGAAGUGGAAAUGAACAAGGAAGAAGAAGAAGAAGAAGAGUAUCAAGUUCGAACAGCCAUUAGAAGUAGUUACAAUGAAAUUGUAAUUGUGGACACUGCUCAAUCAAGAAUGUUGCUUCUCGACUCUACUCAUAAUGUGCAAAGUAUUCUAUACAAGCACCAGAAAUGGACUAAUUCGUAUUGGGAUGAGUUUGCUAGCUUGCCUGCUAUUGUCCCAGAAGGUCCUAUUGCCAUUUUGGGCUUGGGUGGAGGAACAGCUGCGCAUUUGAUGCUCGACUUGUGGCCAUCUUUGCAGCUUGAAGGUUGGGAGAUUGAUGAAAUUUUUAUUCACAAAGCAAGAGAAUAUUUUGGGCUGUCGGAUCUUGAGAAGCAUACACAAGCUGGUGGCAUUCUUAACAUCCAUAUCGGUGAUGCAUUUUCUCCUUCAGUUUGUAUUUCUGGAGGAUAUGCUGGUGAGAUCCUUCAACUUGUUUCUCAUGGAAAAGUUUUGCCACAGUUGGAGGAGGUUACCACUUGGUUGAAAUUGAAGAAUCUGCUGAUGCCUGAAGGUCGUCUUAUGGUGAAUUGUGGUGGUAUAGAUAGUGAAUCUGAUGUAAAUAAUGGAACAGUUCAUCCAACUAAUUUAUCCACUGAUAGCAGUUGGGUACAAAAUCCAGCUAUCAAGGCAUUAUCUGAAGCUUUCCCCGGACAAGUAAGCUGGAAGAAAUUGCCAGCAAAUUUUGGUGCAAAUUAUCUUGCACUGACUGGACCUUUGCCUGAAAUUACUUCGUGGUAUGCUGCAGUACCAGGUCCCUUGACAGCCGGCGUGAAGCAAUGGAGACCAUGCUAACCUGUUCCUUGAUGAACCUAUAGCUUGCUAUACAGUUCAUCAGAGAGCCCGUCGAAGUAGUAUUCUUCACUCUACACCCACCAUCCAUGUUCUUUGAGAUCAUUGCCACAAAGCAUGUGAUUUAUCCCAAAGAAUGCUGCACCUUCUACGGUUUAUUUCAAACGCGUUAGGUUGAAAGUCUUGAAACAACCUACAUUCAGCAAUAUGCCUUAAGAUGUAAGCAUCCAUGUUCUAGCAAGUCAUUUGUAGCUUAUACUAGCAAUUAAUUUGUUCUGUUCUGCUUGUUAAACCUUGAGACAAGUACAUCAUCUGUACUUUCCAUCAUACUUGCUAAGUUGAAGCGUUUGCUACAAUGUAUCUGUAAAGUUGUUACAUCACAUGUACUCCAAGUCUCCAAUGUAUACGAGAACAAGUGCGUGCAAAUUCUUGCCGAGUACAUAUCACGGGAAACUGG